CUGGAGGGGGAGGCAGGGACCUGGGGCUGGACAGGGCAGCCCAUGGGAGCAAGAGCGAGGGCCAGCGAGACCAGGCAGGCGGAUCAGUAGCCGGAGGGGUGCAGAGAGGGUGGGAGAUGCGGGAAAACCUGGGAAUCCGAAUCAACUGGGGGAGAGCGAGCGAGCGACAGAGCUAGACAUCCAGAGAGGGACAAAAGCAGAGCAGGCAAGAUAAAUACCCAGGAAGAGGGAAACCCGCUGACCAAGCUGAGAGGCGUGUGGUGGGGGAGGAAGAAUCUGGGCCCGGGGGGAAAUCGUCCAAGGGACCAUAAAGGAGGCGAGCGAGGAGCUCGCGCAGUGAGACCCGCCUGCAUGCAGGAUCUAGGAGGCACCCCAAGUCUUGCCUCUCCCUGCCGGGGGUGCGCACGCGGCUGUAGUUACACCUGCUCAGCCUAGAGGGUGUCAUGCUGCCGGCACCCAGCGAAGCGGGAGGGAAUCGGUGCCCGCCCGCACAGAUAACUCUCCCCGGCAAGAGAAAGGGCAAAGCAAAGGAGACCUAAGGGCACGCCGCGUCGUCCUCCAGGAGUCCCAGAUACCACAGAGGAUGCAGACGGACUUCGCGCCACUCAGGGGCUGAGACCUGGCUUCAUCCCCGGUGCAGAGGGGCACGCGUGUGAGCCCUGGGAUCUCUCUCACUGGAAAUGCACCUUGAACGCAGCAAGGAGCCAGAAGCCAAAGCUCCCCCGAGGCAAGUGGACUGGAGCCCCGGCGCCUGCCCCGACGCUCUCCCAUGGCCGAGGAAGCGGUGCGCUCUAGCUACGGACCAGUGAAGGUAAAGGGGAGACGGAGACCCAGGGCUGCAAGCGGGUGUCUGGGUGGCAGCGUUAGAGGGAGCCGCUCCGAGACAUUUAUCUGAGUGCAAACUUCUCCUGAGCAGAGGCUGCAGUGGCGGGGUCGGCGUGGGCUAUUCUGCAUCAAACCAGGACAGCAAAUGGGGAAGCCGGUGACGACGACACAGACGCUGACCGCCGGAAAAGCAGCAGCGUGACCUGUCUCGCCCGGGGUUUGGGCAGCCGGGCCGAAGCCGGAUGGAAAAGGAGCUGUUGCUCAACUCGGUUUCGUGCUGAAAGACUGUUGCGUGGUACCGAGGGGAGCGGGCCAGCCUGGCACUCGCGUGGCACCCUGAAAUCGAAGGGCGCCGGUGAUGCUGGGGCAGGUUUGCUAUUAAGCCUUCGCCACGGGGGAGCAGGUUUUCAAAUUAAAAACGCAGGCAGAGUCCCUGACCAAGCACGCGAUGCUGGAAGCGGGGAGAGAGCGUACGGGGUUAAUCCGGGGUAAGCACUGACUUAGAAGCAGUACUGAACAGCCCGGGCCCUGUUCGGACGCCGGCACAUUGUGCCUCUCCCACGGACUUUCCCUCCCGAGCCCGCUCCCCCGCAUGGGCUCACCCGAGCCCGCCGGCUGACACCCCCCGCCUCCUGCGUUAGAUGAGGAGCCAGGCUUCCCGAUGAACCUAUGCAGAUCAGGAAGAAAUAUAUUUUCAUGACUCUCUUUGCCUCUUGGCUUCUGCUCUUCUUCUUCGGUGGAGACCAAAUCAGACGCCUCGCCUUCCUCUCCAGAAGGAAAACGGACGCUCUGAAGACCUGGCCCCGCUGGACCGACGCGACCCUCCUGCCGAGCUUUGUGGGCCCCGGAGACCUUCAGGGCGAUGGAGGCCCCCACCAGCCGUCGCCCAGGGCCAGGAGGGCCGCGAGAAUGAGCAUCUACAAGAACAGCAGGUGCCGCAUGGAAACCUGCUUCGAUUUUUCCAAAUGCGAGAAGCACGGUUUCAAAGUCUUCGUCUACCCCGCGGAGAGAGGGGACCCGGUGUCCGAGAGUUACUUCAAAAUCAUCACUGCGCUCGAGGAGUCCCGCUACUACACCUCCAACCCCGAGGAAGCCUGCCUCUUUGUCCUGAACCUGGACACUUUGGACAGGGACCAUCUCUCCGUCCAGUACGUCCACAACAUCAACGAGAAGAUCCAAGGCUUGCCUUUGUGGAACGACGGCCGAAACCACCUGAUCUUUAACCUUUACUCGGGCACUUGGCCCAACUACACCGAGGAUCUGGGCUUUGACAUCGGACAGGCCAUCUUGGCCAAGGCGAGUUUUUACGUGGAGCGUUUCCGGCCCGGCUUCGACAUCUCCAUCCCCUUGUUCUCCAAGGACCAUCCGCAGAAGGGCGGGGAGAGGGGCUGGCUGGCCCGCAGCUCCGUGCCUCCCAAGAAGAAGUACUUGCUGGUUUUUAAAGGGAAGCGGUACCUGACCGGCAUCGGCUCCGACACCAGGAACGCGUUGCACCACAUCCACAACGGCAAGGAUAUCAUCUCGCUGACCACGUGCAAGCAUGGGAAAGACUGGGAGAAGCACAAAGACGCGCGCUGCGACAAGGACAACACCGACUAUGAGAAGUUCGACUACCGGGAGCUGCUGCACAACUCGACCUUCUGCAUCAUCCCACGCGGUCGGCGCCUGGGCUCCUUCCGCUUCCUGGAGGCGCUGCAGGCCGCCUGCAUCCCUGUGCUGCUCAGCAAUGGCUGGGAGCUGCCCUUCUCUGAGGUGAUCGACUGGAGCAAGGCAGCUAUCGUGGGGGACGAGCGGCUGCUGUUGCAGAUCCCUUCCACCGUGCGCUGCAUCCACAGGGACAAGGUCCUGGCCUUCCAGCAGCACACCCAGUUCCUGUGGGAAGCCUACUUCUCCUCCGUGGAAAAAAUUGUGCAGACCGCCCUGGAGAUCAUCAAGGACCGGGUGUUUGGGCGGCAGUCCCGGCCCAAGUUCUUCUGGAACGCCCUGCCGGGGGGGCUCCUGGCACAGCCCGAGUACUCCACGCACAUCCCAGACUUCCCUUUCUACCACCUGCAGCACGGCUCCAGCCCUUCCAGCAAGUUCACCGCGCUCAUCCGGGCCAUGUCCCCAGGGAUCUCCCUCUCGCAGCCCAUCCUCAAGCUCAUCCAGGCUGUCUCCACAUCCCAGUACUGCUCCCAGGUUCUCGUGCUGUGGAGCAGCGAGAAGUCACCGCCGCCGAGCGGGAAGUGGCCCCGGACCCCAGUGCCUUUGACGGUCAUUCACGGGAGGAGGAAAAUCAGCGACCGCUUCUUCCCUUACCCGGCCAUCGGGACAGACGCCGUGCUGAGCCUGGAUGAGCACGCCAGCCUCUCCACCAGCGAGGUGGACUUUGCCUUCGUGGUGUGGCGGAGUUUCCCCGACCGUAUCGUCGGCUUUCCCAUGCGGAGCCACUUCUGGGACCCCGGCCAGCGCCGCUGGGGCUUCACCUCCAAGUGGACCAACGAGUUCUCCAUGGUCCUUACGGCCGCUGCCUUCUACCACCGGUACUACCACAGCCUGUUCACCCACUACCUGCCCGUGGGGCUGCGGGAGCUGAGCGACCAGCUGGGCGACUGCGAGGACAUCCUGAUGAACUUCCUCGUCUCUGCCGUCACCCGCCUGCCGCCCGUCAAGGUGACGCAGAGGAAGCAGCACAAGGAGGCCGCCCCGCAGCAGGCAUCCCAGAGCGCAGGCGUCUCCGGUGGGCCUCUCCGUUUCUCCCAGCGCCAGGCCUGCGUCAACCGCUUCGCCGCCGGGUUCGGGUACAUGCCGCUGGUGCACUCCCAGCUCCGCCUCGACCCCGUGCUCUUCAAGGACCAGGUCUCUGUGCUGCGCAAGAAGUACCGGCAGCUGGAGAAGCAAUAGCGGGGGGGACCGUGGGGCCGCCGGAGGGCAGCCGGCUGCUGGCUGGGAUCCCCGGGCGGGGGCUGGAUGGUACCAGGCAAAACACCCGGCUGGCGGUGCCCCGGGGACCGGACGGCUGCAGUUGCCAGCCAGGGACCGAGCCAGGCGCGGUUAUUAGCAGCACCGUAGGGUGCCCAGGCUGGACUGGGAGCGGGGCCGAUACGCGCUGUUGGACGCUGGCAGGCAUUUCCGUCUUAUUGGGUUUUACCAGUACAAAUAAAGGCUUGCAGGGAUGCCGGGCUCCCCGGGGGCCUGCCCCAGGCAGCCGUGGGGACGAGGCUGCCUC